CCCAAAAUAUGGCCGAUAGUUUACCUAAAUACGGAACUAAAGUGUUAUUUCUGUGCGAGUUUGAUUGUUAAUUAAAACAAUAGUGAAUUUGUAUUGAUGACUUAAAGAGUGAAGUGCUGCGGAAUGUUUCCGCUAACGCCUCCCGUGGUAAAGCGGCUGCUGGGGUGGAAAAAGGGUCCCGAGGGAUCCUCAGUGGCCGAAGACAAAUGGUCGGAAAAAGCAGUAAAAAGUUUAGUGAAGAAAUUGAAGAAGAGCGGAGCCCUGGAGGAGCUAGAAAAGGCAAUUUCUAGCCAAAACAGUCAUACUAAAUGUGUAACAAUCCCCAGAGUGAAACCUAACGACAACGGAAUCAACGGGCAGUACCGCAAGGGGUUGCCGCAUGUCGUCUACUGCAGGCUGUGGCGCUGGCCGCAGCUACAGAGCCAGCAUGAAUUGAAGCCGGUGGACCACUGCGAGUACGCAUACCAAUUGAAGAAGGACGAGGUGUGCAUCAACCCUUACCACUACAACAAGAUCGACUCGCCUGCCCUGCCGCCGAUCUUGGUUCCCCGCUGCGGCGAGGGCGAAGUCCGAGCGCCUCCGCCCUACGACUACCACCAGCCUCAUCACGAAGUCGACACAGUGAUGCAGAGCAGCGUGGUCGGCGUGGGCGUGGUGGGCGUGGCGCCGCACUCCGCCAUGUACCUGGAGGCCACGCUGGCGCAGCACGUGCCCACAAACACCACCGUGCACGUGAGCUCGUCGACGGUGGAGACUCCGCCCCCGGGUUACAUGAGCGAGGACGGCGACCCCAUGGACCACAACGACAACAUGAACCUGACCCGGCUGAGCCCGUCCCCGGGCGGGCUGGUGUCGGAGGCGGCGCCGGUGCUGUACCACGAGCCGGCUUUCUGGUGCAGCAUCAGCUACUACGAACUGAACACGCGUGUCGGGGAGACCUUCCACGCCAGCCAGCCCUCCAUCACCGUAGACGGCUUCACCGACCCCAGCAACUCUGAAAGAUUCUGCCUGGGUCUCCUGUCGAACGUCAACCGUAACGAGGUGGUGGAACAGACGCGCCGGCACAUCGGGAAAGGUGUCAGACUUUACUACAUCGGCGGCGAGGUGUUCGCGGAGUGCCUGUCGGACUCGUCCAUCUUCGUGCAGAGCCCCAACUGCAACCAGCGCUACGGCUGGCACCCCGCCACCGUCUGCAAGAUACCGCCAGGUUGCAACCUGAAGAUCUUCAACAACCAAGAGUUUGCGGCCCUGCUGUCGCAGUCAGUGUCCCAGGGCUUUGAGGCUGUGUUCCAGCUGACCCGCAUGUGCACCAUCCGAAUGUCCUUCGUCAAGGGGUGGGGCGCCGAGUACAGGCGGCAGACGGUGACCUCGACCCCGUGCUGGAUCGAGCUGCACCUCAACGGGCCGCUGCAGUGGCUGGACCGCGUGCUCACGCAGAUGGGCUCGCCGCGCCUGCCGUGCUCCUCCAUGUCUUAGACAACACGAAUCGAGUCAAGAAUGCAUCACUCAAAAGUUUAUAAUAAGUACAGUGUGUGUUAGUGACAUCGUAACGAAAACUUGGGGGAUGAUUCUGAGUUGAUAUCAAGUGGAAUAUCUUGUCGGAAAUUUCAUGAAAAUUUUAUGCUUUAAGCUGCAUAGAAUCUAAAUUUAAAAUAAAAAAUGUAAAAAUUAUUGAUUGCCGUCAAUGUAAAUCGAACAACGCGAACAGUUCAGCGACUUUUCGCGUUGUUCGAUUUACAUUGCGGCGCAGUAUAUAUAAACUUAACGCUAACUUUAGUUUUUAGUACAAUGAAAAUGACGUUCUAUUUUUUUCGUUACGGUAUCAGUAACACCCUGUAUAAAUAUAAUAAUACAGUUUAAGAUUAUAUUAAGAGUAGCUCAAACCAAUGGAUUAUUUCUGUAUGAGUUUUGAAUAGUGGUUUUAUAACGAUACUGGCCCCGAUUCCUGCAGACACCGCCUAAUUUUAUUUUAAGUUAUAUCCGUCAUUUUCAUAUCCGUCGAAAAGGAAAGGGACGGAUGAUUCACAGCUCUUAAUUUUAGGAAGAAUGAGUAAAUGAAUGAAUAACGCGGGCGAAUCAAAAAGGUAUCUCGCUGGUAUGCAAACUGUUUGACGUGUGUCAACUUAAUUCUGUCGGGUUAUUAGCCAAUGCAAUUUUUUUAUAGGCUUGUUUUAGAUUUGUGCUUAAAAUUGACGUGUGUUCCAUAAAUUUUAUGCUUGUCGAUUACCCGUCCCUUUCCUUUUCGGCGGAUAAGAAAAUGACAGAUAUAACUUAAAAUAAAAUUAGAUGGUAUUUACAGGAAUUAGCACCAGUAAGUACAUAAUUUUAGUGUAUUGAUUUUUCAUUAACGUUGUUCCCGUAAGUUUUAUAAUCAGAACAAGGAUAUUCUAGUCUGGUAUGAAAAAUGUAUGAGGUAUUAAGUUUGACAUACCAACGCGGCCAUAGUCCCUAACGGGUGAGCAGUACAAGUCAUCUGAAUUUUAACUGGUUAUUUACCUCCACACUUGAAUAGGUGUAUGAAACGAUUGAUGAAUGUGGAGGAAGCAAGAGAAGUUUAUCAGGAUUCGAAGCAAAUAGAAUAGGCUAGUUUCCAACUAGUCAAAUCAAUUCCUUUUUCUCAACGUCAAAACACGAAAUCACUAUUUGUAUUGGGUGAAUCUCAAAAUUUCAAGUUUGGUGGCGAAAUUUCAUAUUAUUUUUUCGUGAAAAAUUGGGUUCCGACAUGAAAAAGUACCAAAAGGAUCCUCGGUUCCGACGUGAAAAAGGAAUUUUUCAAUUCCCAAUUUCCCCAAUUUUUCGCGAAAAAAUUAUAUGACAGUCGCCACCAAACUUGACAAAUUUUGAUAUUCACCCUAUUAAAAAAAAAUUCAAAAAUACUUCUUUUUUCAAAAUUGGCUUACAAAGUUAGCGCUUUUUGAACGUCAAAAAUUAAAUUACAUAUUAUGUAACUAGCUGUAAAACUACUACCAUGAUGAAAAAGCACACUGUGAUGUCAUAGAAAAAAAUAAAAUAAACUAUUUCUAUAAAACGUGAUAAAAUGUCGCACUUAUUAAGUUUUUCUAGAUUUAUAUUCAUAAAUAAGUUAAAUAGAAAAAAGAAAACGUUUUUCGUCCUUCGUGGAUUCGAACAGGUUCGAAGUUCGAACCCCGGUGCCGAACUUGCGCUAAGGCGAUUCUCACACUGCCCGCGCGUGGAUGCAUUUUCUGUGUGUUAGACCGUGCGUGUUUUCUAUACAAACGGAGAUGCUUACAAGCGACGGAAGAACACGCAUCCACGCGCUACGAUGCAUCAUGCGGGGCAGUGUGAGAAUCGCCUAAUGAGUUAUUAAUUUAUAUUAUGUGCAAUUUUCACUAACACAGUCGGCUCGACCAUUAUAGACGGCGAUACGCCCCCUUACGUUGAUCUAACGCGCUCGGUGAGGUGUGGGUAUUUAGUUAAGUUAGUUCACCUUGCGAUGGAUGUACCUCUGACUACCCCAAUUGGGAUAUCGUGAGCUUUGUUUUAUUUAUUAAAAAUAAGUACAGUACAUAAUUUUUUUUACAGUUGACGCUGCAACAAAAACCAACUUUGGUUUGUCCGUACUGUCACGAGCAUUAAUAUGUAUACACUUUGGUACCAUGUCACAUUAACUUUUUUGACAAAUUGAACUGUAAGUCUCAAUAAUGUCAAAUAUGUUAGUGCGACAGAGUCCUAGAGUGGGUACCUACAUUAUAUUGCUCAUGACUGUACACUAGUAUUGACCAUCGUUGCUUCGAAUUUGUAACAUAAUAUCAUGCUUGAACAAAAUACAAUAAAUAAAUAAUAUGUAGGUAGGAAUUUAUACACUUGCAAGCGAAGUGAACAAAAAGGGUAUUGUAUUGAAAACUUAAUAUCUCAUACAAAAAAAAAAUAAACUCAAAUCUCGAUCGUUGUUAUCCUAAAUAUAAUAUUUGUUUUUUUGCCAUCAUAAUUGCAUUUAUGGAUUUUACGAAAAAGUUACAUUAUACUUUUAAUAUUUUCGUUUGCCGAGUUGAACAUGUAUUGUGUGUUUAAUGUUUAUUGUUUUUAACCGAUUAUAUUGUCAAUAGGUUUGAGUGAAAUGGAAUAUACGAGGUGUUAGUGACAUCGUAACGAAUACUCAGGGGGAUGAUUCAGACCAUAACUCUGAGUUAAUAUCAAGUGGAAUUUUCCGUCGCAAAAUUCAUGUACUUUCUGUUUUUUAAUUAUUUGCAAUUCUAUACUUUUGUGAUAGAAAAUUCUACUUGAUAUUAACUCAGAAUAAUAAGCUGAAUCAUCCCCCUCAGUAUUCGUUACGAUGUCACUUACACCCCGUACAAAUACUGCAUCUAGCCAUACAAGUACGUAUGGGUGUCAGUAGCACUGUAACGAACACUGAGGGGGAUGAUUCAGAAUAUCAGACCAUGAUUCUGAGUUGAUGUGAAGUCUUGACAACUCAGAAUCAUGGUCUCAAUCAUCCCUCAAAGUUUUCGAUAUGAUGUCACUAACACCCUGUGUAAGUACAGUCAUGAGCAAUAUAAUGUACGCACUUUAGGACUCUGUCGGACUAACAUAUUUGAUAUUUAGUGAGACUUACAGUUCAAUUUGUCAAAAAAGUUAAUGUGACGUGGUACCAAAGUGUAUACAUAUUAAUGCUCGCGACCGUAUAUUUCGAAGUUAGAUAUAAGUGAAGCUUAGCGCUUGAGAACAAAUUACGGCGUAUGUUGAAGGUUCUGUCAACCAACUAAAGUUGCAUGCCGCCUUAGCAAUACAGGGUGGCAGUGACAACGUAACGACAAACUUUGAGGGAUGAUUCAGACUAUGAUUCUGAGGGUGGUAUCAAUAAACUAAUCUCAGCUUCGAGACUGCCCUCAAGAUCAUGUCAAUGUGACAGUUCUCAUAUAAAAACGGAGACUUGAGCAUGAUCUUGAGCGCAGUCUAAGCUGAGAUUCGUUUAUUAAUACCACCCUGAGUGUAUUUUUCCGUCGCAAACGUAUGGAACUGAAAGUAAUGAAACAUAAAUUCUCAUAAAUUUUCCGAGUAUUCAAGUAUUCGUUACGAUGUCACUAACAAACUAAAUAAGUAAGCAAUGAACAUGUGUUUAAAUAUUUUACAGCAAUGCAAAAUUAAAUCGAAUGCGAAACUGGGUAUUUGACCGAGUCAAUGGUAAAUUAUAAAAUGCUAAUCUAGAAAUAGAAGCCAGUCUAUGACGUUCAAAAAUCAAUCUCAUUUUACUUUUCGACUUAUUCUCGAAUUUUAACUACGAAUUAAGUGACGGUAUAUUUGCAUGCCUAGUUAAGGUUGAAUACUAUGACAUACUGUAAUACUAUACCAUCUUAUGUAAAUUGUAUUCUGGCAAAUAAAAAAUGAUUGAUUGAUGAGUACGAUGUUUGACCGCCUUUAUUGAUGACGUCACAGGAUGGUAUUUCCAUACAAACUGCAAAGAAAACUUCCGUUUUGAUGUUUCGUAAAAAAUAUCUCACUUGACUAGGUUCAAGUUGGGUGUUUCCAUUAGGCACCCAUUCCAAUUCGCCCCCGUCCAGCACGCUCCCACAUUUGAAAAUUGUCUAUUUCAAAACCACGUCACUUAAUACAAAAUAUAGAUGAAUUAAGUAACAAUGAGUACGACGUUUGACCGCUUUUAUUGAUGACCUCACUUUCGUUUUGACGUGUCGAAUAGCCUAUGGAACCAUUAGCUGUCAAAUACUUAAAUAACCGGCUUGUUUAUAAGUUAUUGGUAAGGCGGUAAGUAAAUUAAACUAUAUUUAAUUUAUAACCAUCUAACCAUUUAUAUCAACCCUGGAAGGGAACACGGCGUGAUGUUUAAAAGACCACGUGUCUUUAAAAACAUGAAUUUAAAAGUAGAUUUUAUCAAAAUGAAAUAUAUUUUACGUUGACGACGAUUUUUCUUCACGCUGCUCCUCUUCCGGGGUAGACAAUGAUAGUGAUAAAAAAUAUAAAAUAUAUUUUGUUAUAUCGUAGCAGAAACCUUACUCAAACUGGUUUAUGAACUUUGUAAAUAGAAUUACUUUUUUUUCUAUUAUUAUAUUAUCUUUAUAUGAAAUAACUAAUCUUUUACAUAAAUAUAUUGUUAAUCGGCGUUAUUUUUAUUUCUUUUUACAUUUUAAGCAAUAAUUAUUGUGAUUUUUGAAAUACUUGUCAUAAUUAUGAUUAACUAUGAUUAAAUAUGUUUUUUGGUUAAUAAGGACAGAAGAGGCAAGUUGAUUGGACACUUAGUAAGACACGACGAAUUUAUUAAAAAAAAUACAAGGAAAGAGGGGAAGGGGAAGACAGAGCUUACAUGGAACAGAUUAAAGGGAAGGCGAACGUCGAGUCUUAUGAAGCGAAAGUAUCGACCUUUGAUAGAUAAGAAUGGAGAAUGCUACACCGACAAGAGCGUGGCUCUUAAAUUGAUGAUGAUGAAUUAUGAUUACAAAAUAAUUUAACGGGUUAAAACUUGACUUGGUUACUUACUUGGGUAGACUUGGUUAGGGGAGCUUAAGCUGGAUAUAUGAUCCACGCAGUAUAUUUUAUUUUUGUCUGCCAUACGCAAUAAUAAUAACGGGUUAAAAGUCCAGGAAGGGAGUACAAUUACAAUUCUUAAAAUAACUUUUCAUUACAAUGAUAGGAACAGCUUGUCAUACUAACGCGUCUCGAGCAAUAAAUAGGCAUUUGCUAGGUAAACGUGUUCCCCCUUAGACCUCAUUUUUCAAAUGAUCUUCGUCGUCUAGUAUUAUCCCGUUUGUCACAGGGUCCGCUUACCUAACCUGAAGAUUUGACAGGUCCGGUUUUUUACAGAAGCGACUGCCUGUCUGACCUUCCAACCCGCGAAGGGAAAGCCAGCCCAACGCUUGAAUAAAAUGUUCGGCUAUGGAAAAUAACAUAGCAUCACGCCUACACCCCCGAAGGGGUAGGCAGAGGGGUAGAUCUCCAAUAAUGAUACACCCGUCAGUACUAUUACAGAGAAAACGAUUAAAGAUUAUUAAAUGGUUUGAUAUAAUUAUGUGUCAAAAGUAUUGUUUUUCUAAUGAUUUUUGUGGGACUCUGUAAAUUUCGAAAGUGAGGGUAUUUUGAGAAAAAAUUAAAAGAUAGAAAAGAAAAAAGAAUAUUAAGUGUUUGUAGUAGAAAGUAGUUUGUGGGUUUGAAUUAAGAACAAAGAUGUAUUUUCUGAGAGAAAAAUUAAAAAAAAUAUAUAUCUUAGAUGUGUGGUUUUGAACGUGUAACGUAAAGUAGGUAUUUUAAAAUUACGUCAUAUUUUUGUCUAUAUUCUUGUGGGGUAUUUAAUUCGAACUACAGGGCGACAUACAUGUAAAGGUGAACCUAUCUCCAAGAGAAACCUCUUCCAGUUUUGUUACAUACAUUUGACCUAUAGACGCAAUAUAAUGCUGUUCACAGCCUAAUACAGGUUAGGUCACAUACCUUCCUAACAAAUUUCUCGGGAAUGUGGGUUUCAUGAUAAUCCAAACAUGAAUUCGAAAAGAAAUUCGGAAAUUGUUUAGGUUGGUAGUGGGAUUUGAAUCUGCGACCUCACAGUGAGAGGUGUUAUCCCAACUGAGCCACCACAGUCCCCAGUUGUCUUAAAUAUGGCUUAAUUUAAAAAUAAUUUAUUGAACAAAGAAAUGGUAAUAUCAGGCGGUGCUAAAAAUGGUUAUUGUAUGGGUACAAGAAAGUUGCAUAGAGAUGGUAUUAUAUGCUAUAAACGAUUCGAUUGCGAACAUGAACACCCUGUAUUCUAAGAUGUUUACUCCUGACGACUCUAGCUAUAGAGGCGGCUAAUCAGCUCGCGGCAACAAGCACUUCAAAACCCCGAUACCGACCCCGCCGCCGUUGUCGACGAUUUCCCUCAUUCGGCGAUUAUCGCGAUGGGCCCACUGGUCGAUUAAUUCUUUCAAAUAUAUUCCUCUCAGACGACGCCCUGAGCCGAGGUUCGCGCACAACUGGGCACCCUCAGGUCUGUUGUCUUAAACGUUGUACCGGGUGAGAGCCCUCAGCGCUCCCCAUUUGUCCAGCCAAGUAGUUAAUGCCAUCUGCGGCAAAUCUACAAUAAGUCACGUCAAUAAAAACACCACGAUUAUGUAUAUAUAUACGUAUAUGCGUCUUGCUGUGUAAACUUCGAUAUCGCGUUUCACGACUGGUUGAAGACUGCAUUAUUGCAUGUGGCGCCAUCUGUUGCAUGUGGGCGGAACUAGGUGGCCAACUAGUUGGGUCCGCCACAGUGUGAUAUGCUCGACUCCAGUGAGUAAAGUCCUUGACGUAAAUGUCAACUUGAAAUACCAAAAUGCUCAGCUGAGGCAGAGUCCAGUGGAGGAAGAGGCGAGUGGAUAUCUUAGAACACGGGGAUAAAAAUAAAAACCGUAUGAAAAUCGGCUUAGCAGAUGUUUUUUACUCUUUUCGACUAACAUAUAAAACUAUGACCUUUGAUCUCUGAAUAACUGUUACAUAUUCACGCCCAUAAUCCCUUUUGGGGCAGGCAGAGAAAGAAACGUGCACGAUUUUUUAACGUCCGUGAUCUUAGUCAAAGAUUAAAAAAAAGCGAUUUUGUUUUUUUCACUUUUGUAUAUUUUUAGUAAGCUGUUAAAAUUAUGAAAUCUUCUUUUUAUGUACGUUUUCUAAAUAGUUGUAUAAAAUAAUGUAUAUUAUAAUUUACAUAAAUUCUAGAUUUUACAUAAUAUUGUUUAGUUUUAAGUAUAUGUUAUUGUUAGAUAUAAGUUAAAACAUAUUUAUUAUAGAUAUUAUGUUGCGUGGGGUAUCGUAUGUUUUGAGAUAGAGGAUGCAUUUUCCUAUGAAUUAUCAUUUUAUUUCAGAAUUAUCCAUUAAUUUGUUACAAUGUCAAAAAAAUACCAUAAUUAAAACACAUAUUGGCCCUGAUUCCUGCAGACACCGCCUAAUUUUAUUUUAAGUUAUAUCCGUCGAAAAGGAAAGGGACGGAUGAUUCACAGCUCUUAAUUUUAGGAAGAAUGAGUAAAUGAAUGAAUAACCCGGGCGAAUCAAAAAGGUACGUCGCUGGUAUGCAAACCGUUUGACGUGCUGUCUACUUAACUGUGUCGGGUUUUUGACUGAUGUAAAAUUUUUAGACGGUUGACUUAGAUUUUUGCUUAAAAUUGACGUGUGUUCCAUAAAUUUUAGGCUUGUCGAUUACCCGUCCCUUUCCUUUUCGGCGGAUAAGAAAAUGACAGAUAUAACUUAAAAUACAAUUAGAUUGUAUUUACAGGAAUUAGCUCCAAUAACGGAUUCUUACCGCGUUUAAAUCAAGGAUGAUGGCACUUGCAACAGUGCCGAAAUAUCGGGAGUCUCAUAUCCCUACUUUAAACGCGGUAAGAACCCGUUAUUAUGUGUUUUAAUUGUGAUACUAACCGCGUAAACUUAAAACAAAAAAAUAUGAUUAAUUGAUGAACUUAGUUUUAUCUUUAUCUUUAAACUGGAAAUGCCAUAACAUAGCAUCACGCGUGUAUCCUCAAAGGUGUAGGCAGAAGUGUAUACUUGUUAUACUUGUAUAGUAUAUACAGCUACUCCUCGCCAGCUAUGUUUAAGACCCAUGUAAUAAGGGGCGACCCUAUUGCCAUUGGGCAACUUUGCAACUGGGCACAAAUCCUGAAAACCACGUGAUAUCAAUGAUCUAUGAUCCUAACAUGAAUUGACACAUAAAGUGGGAUGUACCAUAUGGUGUGCAAUAAAUACUUUGACUUUUUGUAGUGGUUUACCGGAGCUGGGAUUGGAACCCGAUGCAAAUCACGCAACAAACACACACACACACACAACACAACAUGCGAUGCCUCACGCGAAUAUGUUCCCGAUCAUGAGUUAGUCCGAGCUUCCAUCGUUAUUUGGCAGAUCCCCAAAUGUAGAUAUUUGAUGCGACUACAAUAAAUGUGUGGUUUGUAA